AUGGUCUUCUCUAUUGUUACAGGCAAACGCAGCAAAUUUGGCGACGCAGGUGAGAUGAGUGACAAGGGGAUGGAACAAUUACUCGAGCGGCUAGUGUCAAUGCUUGCAGAUCGCCAGUCGUCUCAGGCGGCUUCCGCCAGUACGCCGUCAAUUGAUGGCCUCACCAACAGUAUCUCGGAGUUUUCCUAUGAUCCGGAGAGCGGUGUAACGUUUGAGUCCUGGUAUCGGCGUUACGAUGACCUGUUCCGAGUCGAUCUCGCAUUCCAGAAUGACGCAUGGAAAGUCAGACUCCUUACCCGCAAACUGGGCCCAGCUGAAUUGAAGAGAUACACCGACACGAUCAUUCCGAAGUCCUCUCUCGACUUCACUUUGAAGAAACCGUUCGAAAUCUCAGGAGCAUGUUUGGAGAACGCACCUCCUUAUUCAGUACCCGGUAUAAAUGUCUCAAACUCGCAAUAG